GUUGUACUUCAGGUGAAGGUAAAAGCUCACGAGCUUCGCGGGAAGAAAAAGGAAGAGCUUCUGAAGCAGCUUGAUGAACUCAAGACUGAGUUGUCACAACUGGAAGUUGCUAAGGUGACAGGAGGAGCUGCUUCCAAACUCUCUAAAAUGUAAGUUCAUUUUAAAAUCACGCUGUUUAAGUUUUCAUGUGGCCUCUCCUUAUGAGCUAUGUCCAUCUCUAGCCAUACUUUAUUCCAUUGACUUGAAGCCUCUCAUCCAAAUCUCCUGUAAUGACAACCUCUCUGCUACAGCUGUGUGGCAAUAAUCUUGUAAAGCUGUUACUGGAGUUUCAGUAAUCAGCACUCAGUGCAUUGCUGACAGAAAGAGUAACUGUGGACAACUGCCAUCUGCUAAUAUCUCUGUCUAUCGUCCUUAUUUACCUAAAGUAACAUUACCUGUUCAGGGCUUAAAAUAACAUCUAGUCAAUGGACAAUGUCUGGCCAAGAUGAUCAUUUGUCCUAGCCUGUUCCAGGCUCCAAGAUAGUGGCAUCUGCAGUGAUCCAUCUACAAACAGGUAGCAGCGAGUCCAGAGACUCGCACAGCCAAAAACCUGUGAGUCCCUUAGACAUACGUGUGAGUCCCACACUCAGGAGUUUGAGUCCCACAUGGUCCCACAUGGUCCUACAUCCAUCAGUGUAUGAGUUGUACCUAUGAGGAACACUUACAUAUCAAAAGAGGUUUUUAUUGCCAUAUAGUUACUUUCAGUCUUUGACAUAUUAAUGAACUCAUGAAUAACUUUCUUCAGGGAGCAAUCUCAAAAUCUAUUUCUUAAAUUUGAGCUCAUAGAUCCGCCUGUCCUUCCCUUUGUGCCAUUUUCCAGUGCACGAUCAAAAUUGAAUUCAGCUCUUUCAGGACCAAGUUUUACUCUGAUUAGCUAUGUUGUCAAGCCCCAAAUCAUGAAGAAGUGCCAGUAGCAAAAUGAAUUUUACUAGCGGGAUGCUUGCCAUACACAGCCACUGUACACACUUAAAAAGCACUAGUACGGCUUUAUUCUGCUUUGUUUCGCCUUUUCUUUAGGCUUCCUUGAAUGACUUUCUAAUCUCAGGACCAUGGACGGUGCUGUCAACUCUCGUGGAUAAUGCAGGAGACUCCAGAUUUUGAACCGUAUCUUUCGGUCUCCAGAUUAGAGUCUGAAAUCCCCCGAAUAAUCACCAAAGUUUUCCAUUUCUUGUAGACUCGACUCUGACAAUGAAAUUUCAAAUAUUUUGGGUUGUUUGAGCUGUUUUAUUAACAUUGAACAUUUUCUUUUUAACUCCGGUAUGCCAUUGAAGUUUAAGCUAUUAACGUGAUUGGUGGCAAGUAAACCAAUCAGGUCAAAUGUUACAAUUCCAACAACAUCUUUUUUUGCGCGUUUUUCGGCGAAAUGACAUCAUGGCCAGUGCAUUAUGACAUCAUCUACCAUUUUUCAAUAUUUGAAGACUUAAGGGGAUGACAGCCCUGCGUGGAGGGCCAUUUUGUGUUCAAGAACUUAGGAGACCAAAAUGCAGAGUGAGUAUGGUGUUUCAAAAAUUUUGGCACUGGGCUUCCUUGCUCAUUCCAUGAGAUUUCCUUGUCUCCGUGCAGACCCGGCAGUACAUGUAAUUACCAUUUUUUCGUAAACCAUCCAUCCACUUACUUUUUCAGCCAGGGCUCGAAUAAUUUUCUUUCCUUGGAUUUCGCUUGUGCUGUCAUUGUUGCAUCAUCUUUUUCAAUUGUAGUUGCUGGUUCUUGUCCUACUUUUUCUCGACAUUGAAUCUCAAAUGAGAGCUGUGGUUGCUCUACCAGGCACAUAACUUUUUUCUUCUGAUUCCACCAAAGAAAAAUUAAAUUUUAAUGCAGUAAAUUUGAAUAACUCGUGUGCAAGCAGCAGGACAAGAUAGAAAACACUGUGACAAGUUGAAGAUCACUUCUGUAACCGCUGACUAUGAACAGUGGGCCUGUGAUGGAGUUCGCUGAAUGAUCACACGCUACUUACUUGGCUUAAUAUUGCAAAGUUUUUUGUUGAUAGAGAGGAAAAGACAUCCAGCCAUGAUCUUAAUAGAGAAAUUAUAAUUUUUUGUGUCCAAAGGGACGCAUGUGGGACCAAAUUUUGCAUCUGUUCUGAAAUUUAUGAGUCUGAGACGCAGGAAGUGCAGGUAGAUGGAUCACUGCAUCUGUGAAAUUGAGAAAGCGCAACACAAAAAUAAAAUGGGAGGAAACUAAGGUGAGGAAGGGUCUUGCGUGAGAGGUCACAUUUUAUACAACUCUUCUCCAAUGGGGAAGUGAAUAGUGGUGGAUAAUUACCAGGGCGCACUUUGCACCAGCCCUGACAGGCAUAGUUGUUUUAGUGUUUAACAAAUUUGUUGAAUAAAAAUGAUAAAGUAUUUUUGUUAAAAGUUUUUCAGGAAUAUGUUUAGUGCAUUUUCACAAAUUGAUGCAAAUUCAGUUAGGAAAUAGUUCUCUACCCACCAGUAAACACUGGCAAGGCAGAUUUUUACUUUUUCUUUGUAUUUGGUGCCACAGCUCAUCCUGGUUUUGGCUAAAAAUGAUUUUUCCCAAACUGUUGUUAGUAGAGUGUGAUAAAAAUGAUACUUUUUUUGUUACUUCUUUUUGUGAUCUAUUGUUGGAGUUUAAUAUUAUACCUCCAGUUUUUUUGGAAGUUCACAAGGUUUUUGAAUAAUUCACCUCACUACAUAAACUAAAAGAAGCAUUUAGCUGUGUUUCAUGUGAGAAGGUUAUAAAAGUAAUACACCUGGCAUUUUUAGGUUUUACAAAAUCCAAACAGUUUCGUUUCUGAUUACUUCUGAUGACAGUAUUUUGUCAGAUCUUCUUUCCUCGGUGGUGGCUGCUUGUUAAUGAAGAGUACAGUAACUUGACUUUUACCACCAAAUCAACUUAAACAGUGAAUGGGAUAAAAUUUUUUCAAUUUCAUACAGGACAAACUUUGUGCCAGUCCUGUUUAUCACUUAUUUGGCAGUUGAACAUCACUGACACUCUCAUAAUUAUUGUUUAGUUAGCUUACUUGAGUAUGUUGUUACUGAUAGAAUUACUUUUGUUGCAGAAAACUUGUACGAAAAUCCAUUGCUCGUGUUUUGACUGUCAUCAGCCAUUCUCAGCGUGAGAACCUGCGAAAGUUCUACAAAACCAAGAAAUUCAAACCUCUUGACCUCAGGCCCAAGAAGACCCGUGCUAUGAGGCGCGCCCUCACCAAGCAUGAAGCCUCUCUCAAGACCCUGAAACAGCAGAAGAAGCUAACACACUUCUCACUUAGGAAAUAUGCUGUGAAGGAGUAA